AUGUGGCGGAUAACGCUCUUUUUCAGAAAUAUCUACCUCCGAAUCACCGUGAACCUCCUCCGAAGCGUGUUCAAACUAACACGCGCAACACCAGUUGCAAGCAAUGCCCAUUCCACUCUAAACAUCCCAAGUCGAGAUGCAGGCAGAACCAUCACAGCAAACCUAUACACAAAAGACAACAAAUCCCCAUCAACUCCACAACCAACCCUAAUAAACUUCCACGGCAGUGGAAUGAUCUUCCCAGCAUUCAGCUCCGACGAUGCCUUCUGCAACCACAUUUCGCAAGAAUCAAACCACGCCGUAAUAGACGUGAAAUACCGCCUCUCCCCCGAAAACCCAUUCCCCGCCGCCAUAAACGACGCAGAAGACACCAUCCGCUGGGUCCUUAGCCAACCAGAAAUCUACGAUCCAGCUCGACUAAGUAUUUCCGGCUUCAGCGCCGGGGGAAAUCUCGUCAUCGUCGCCGCAGCCGUCCUCAUGCCCAAGCACACUUUCCACUCUGUCUUGACCUUUUAUCCCGGCGUGGAUCUGGCCUCUGACCCCGCUGGAAAGAUCGCGCCUGACCCGACAGGAAAAUUGAUUCCGCCGUGGAUAGCGCGGUUUUUUCAUCGCUGUUAUAUUCCUGUUGGGGUCGAUGCGCGAGAUCCUCGCAUUUCGCCACUUUUCGCGGAUCUUUCGGGGUUCGAGGCGAGGCUUUUGGUUGUUACUGCUGCGAGGGAUAAUAUGGCGCCCGAGGCUGAAGAGUUUGUCUCUAGUGUUAGGAAACAGACUGGUCGUGUUGAUGAUGUUGUGUUGCAUAGGAUGGAGUACUGUGGGCAUGGAUGGGAUAAAGAUCCGAAUGUUGGAGCUGUGCAGGAAGAAGCUAAGUGGAGGGCGUACUCGAUGGCGAUCGAUAUGCUCAAGGCUUAA